CGAGUAUAAAUAAGCGUUCAACAGAUGUUAAAUCGACAGUUGACAAUGAUUACCAAAUUGGCAGUGAUACUUGCGAUACUGGUCGUGGUUAGUUUUAUUCUAACAUCUGCCCACGACGAUGGCAAAUACAAAGCGGAUGACAGAGGGAAAUAUGUUCCGGAUGACAGAGGAAACUACAAAGCGGAUGACAGAGGAAAAUAUGUCUCGGACGACACAGGAAAAUACAAAGCGGAUGACAAAGGAAAAUAUGUUCCGGAUGAUAAGGGAAAAUAUGCUCCCGAUGAUAAGGGAAAAUAUGUUCCCGAUGAUAAGGGAAAAUACAAACCGGGUCGUUGAAUGAUGAAAAAAGAAUAAAGAAGAUUGAGUAAA